AUGAAGACAACCGCUCCCCUCCUGUUUUCCUUCCUGCUGCCGGUCCUUCUGCAUGCAUCAGAUGAAAGCAACGGCGUGUUUCUUCUAGAUAAUGCGAUAAUCCAUUCAGCUGUUCGACAGUGGAUCGAAGAUCCGAGCAGUGCUGCGGGCAAAUAUGGCCCAAUCGAACAAUGGGACACGAGCCGUGUUACGGAUAUGAACGGUCUCUUUCGUUAUGCCAAAAACUUGCAAGAGGAUCUUUCGCGAUGGGAUACGUCUCGAGUGACAUCGUUUCGAGAAAUCUUAUAUAGAGCAGAGAGUUUCAGCGGGAACAUUUCCAAUUGGAAAACAAGCAAUGUUGUAGACAUGAGCUAUGCCUUUGGUGGGGCCAUUUCGUUCAAUGGUAAUAUCCAGCAGUGGGAUACUGGGCGCGUGACAACAAUGAAAGGACUCUUCUACGAAGCAGAAUCUUUCGACCAGGACAUAUCAACAUGGAACGUUGCCGCUGUCAAGGAUUUUUCCUAUGCCUUUUCCUAUGCUUACGCUUUCAGCGGAAGAGGUGGUCUUUCCUCCUGGGAUGUUUCCACGGCAGCCUCCAUGGCCAACAUGUUUCACGUUACGCCGAACUUUGACGAGGAGAUCUGCUGGCCUUCCUUGCUCAAUGCAGACGCUGGUAUGAUAGACAUGACACUCAUGUUCUGCAAGAGCCAAGGUAGAUUCAGUGACGCAUGCACCCCUGCUGCGGUACAGUCAGGCCAAGCCAUGACAGGGUGUGCAAAGGGCUUUGAUGACUUUGUGCCAUCUUCGAAUGCAGCAUUCUUUGGAGCAAUCAUGGGCUGGAUGUGUUUGAUGGUGUUCAUUUUCCUUUUGAUCAUUGCGUAUUCUUCUUAUUAUCGAUCAAGAAGAAAGCCUGAUGGCCAACCGCAGGGGAAGGAAGGAUACACCAGUCGGUCUUCCGAUGGUUGCGCGUUUGCCAAGAAUGUCACCGCUGUGUAUCCUGUUUGCACCAAGACUUGCACCAGAAGCAGUGGUGGCCCUAUUGUGGAUGGCGACCGCUACCAGUACAGUGUCCCCAUCGGGGACGAGUUUUCUGAGGAUGUUCUGACCCAAGUAUCGGAGCAAUCCUCCAGAUUUCUCUAA